AUGGCUGAACUAGCGGCCAGCCUGGUGGUUGGGCCGCUGGUGUCCUUGCUGAAGGACAAGGUGUCCAGCUCUCUCCUGGACCGGUACAACGUGAUGGAGGGCAUGGAGAAGCAGCGCAAGAUCCUCGAACGCAAGCUGCCUGCCAUCCUCGACGUCAUUGCCGAUGCCGAGAAGCAGGCGUCUGGCCGACGAGGAGAAAAGGCAUGGCUUGAGGCGCUCAAGACAGUGGCAUAUGAGGCGAACGACGUCUUCGACGAGUUCGAGUAUGAGGCACUCCGCCGUCGAGCCAAGAAGGAUGGGCACAUCACCAAGCUCGGCAUGGCUGGAGUAAAACUCUUACUCACAACCGGGUUGCGUUCCGUUGCAGGAUGGGAAACAAGCUUAGUGGCAUUGUUGAGGCCAUCAAGAUCUAGAGAAAAGGAGAGGAAGGAAAUUAUUGAGAUAUUGCUCAGCCAUCAAGCUAGCAGCGGUGAUCUCUUAGUUCUUCCCAUCGUUGGAAUGGGAGGAUUGGGCAAGACAACCCUUGCUGAACUCAUCUACAACGACCCUCAGGUCAAGGAGCAUUUCCAGCUACUAAAGUGGGUGUGUGUCUCAGAUGAUUUCAAUGUCUGUAAUCUUGCCAACAAGACCACUAAGGAAGAAUGGGAGGACAUAUUACAUCGAAGCAGGAUACGCGAUGACGAGAUCAGGAUUUUACCUAUACUCAAGCUCAGUUAUAAUGACUUGCAAACUGACAUGAAGCAAUGCUUUGCCUUUUGUGCUAUGUAUCCAAAGGAUUAUCAAAUUGAUGUUGAGGAGCUUAUCCAACUAUGGAUGGCCAAUGGUUAUAUCUCAGAUCAAAACAAGGUACCUGCUGAAACCAUGGGUAAACGGAUUGUCAAUGAGAUGGUUUCAAGGUCAUUCUUCCAGUAUGAGGAGCAAAGAAGGAUUGGGUAUAGUUCUACAACUUUUGUGAAGAUCCAUGACCUCAUGCAUGAUGUUGCACUAUCUGCUUCAGAAAAGGAGUGUGUUUGUAUAACUCAUGAAUUCUUUCGAAGUGGUGACUUGCUUCCUGGUGCUGCCGGCCAUAUACUUUUUCAAACAAGAAUGGACAAAAAGAGAUUAAAUUUUUUAUUUGGUACUACGAAGGAAAAGUUUCCACCUAUACAAACAAUGAUGUUUGAUAGAUUUUAUCCCCGUGAAGAUCUGCUGCAUUUAUCUAAAUAUAGUUCUCUCCGAGCACUUUCUAUGCCAGGGUCAUGGGCUCAUUUGUCAAUAAAACCAAAGCACUUGUGCCACCUUAGGUACCUUGAUCUCUCAGAUAAUGAUGACAUCGAAGCACUUCCAGAUGAUAUAAGCAUCCUAUAUAGUCUCCAGACACUAAAACUUUCUAACUGCAGCAGUCUCAAAAGACUUCCUGAGCAAAUGAAGCACAUGAGUAGCCUUCGUCAUCUCUACGCAGAUGGGUGCACGAAGCUGGAGUGCAUGCCUUCAGAGCUUGGACGAAUCACCUCGCUUCGAACAAUUACAUGGUUUGUAGUGGGAAGUGGCUUGAAUUGUAGCAGUCUUGGAGAGCUAAAGGAUUUAAAUAUUGGUGGUUCAUUAAUGCUAAAGCAGCUCGAAAAUGUGACAGUGAGAAGAAAUGCAAAAGCAGCCAACCUUGAGAAUAAGAAGGAACUGAGACAAUUGUCACUACGGUGGACAAGUGGCAAGGAGGUGGAACAAUGUCAUGAGGUGCUAGAGAGUCUUGAAGCUCAUGAUAGACUGCUGGCUCUCGAAAUAUAUUCGUACCAAGGCACCAGUUUCCCAUCAUGGAUGGGUAUGUUGAAAAACAUGGUUGAGCUUCAGCUGUCUAAUUGUAAUAAUGUAGAGCAGCUUCCUCCAUUGUCUCAGCUAGCAGAUCCACAACUCCUUCAUUUGAAAGAAAUGGGAAAAUUACAAUUCUUGUGUAGCAGCUGUACAUCCUCCACGUUUGGAAAGCUUAGGGAUCUUAAGCUAGUUAAUCUUCACAUUUUUCAUGGAUUUUGUCAGGCAGCACAUGGACGUAUCGUAGCAUUUCCUCAGCUUGAGAUAUUGCACAUUGAAGGCUGUAAAAAUUUGGCAGCAUUACCAGUAGCAUCGGUGCUCACCGUAUGGUGGUGGAGAUUACACAGUGGCCCGGGCGUCAAGCUGGAUGAUAAGGAGGAAUGGGACCAUCCGUCGUCUAUGGUAGAUAUGAAACUAUUGAGCUGCAGUUUGUUCUUCCAACCACGUGCACUAGUACUGUGGUUUUGCUAUGGGCAGCUGCAGGAUCUGAGAAUUGAUUGCUGCGAUGAGCUUGUGUACUGGCCGGAGAAAGUAUUCCAAAGCUUGAUUUCCUUGCGGAGGCUACGGAUUGAGAACUGCGAUAAUCUAAUUGGAUACGCAGCGGCAAAUGCUCCUGACCAGAAAACAUCAGGAAGGAGCCAACUUUUGCCCCAUCUGGAGUUUCUAGAGAUAUGGAAGUGUGGAAGUCUGGUAGAGGUCUUCAACUCCCCUGCUCUCAAGAGGAUGGAUGUUCAAGGAAGCUGUAAGCUUGAGUCCCUAUACGGCAGGCAACAGUUGAAUCAAGAGGCUAGUAGUACCCAUGACGUGGCAGCAUCCACACCUGUUGAGGAGAAGCUGUCACCAUCGGCGGACCCGGAUAAGCUCCUUCCAUCAUCUUGA